CAUCCAUCCAUCCAAUUCUGAUGCAUCCCCUCCACGCGAUUUGAAUUUGCGAUAGGUAUUCCUGCAAUUAUUGGCAAAGCGAAUGGUUAAAACACACACACACUCUCUCUCUCUCAUCGCUCGCUUUGACGACGCAGACAGGAAGACCCUAUUUCGACGGAUUCUCAUCUCUCUUUCGAUAUCUCUGUCUCUGUGUCUCUCUCUAGAAUCUUUCGGUUCGCCAUCGAUUAACCACAGCCCCAGAGAGAGCUCAGCUAUGUUGACGACUGAGGAAAAGAUCCAGAAAGGGCAUCAGAUGUAUAGAGAAGGCAGACAUUCUGAGGCUCUAGUGUUUUACACGCAAGCGCUGACUAUGGCCAAGAUCAAGGCACAAAAAAUUGCGCUCCACAGCAAUAGAGCCGCUUGCUAUCUGAAAUUACAUGAAUUCAAAAAGGCAGCUGAAGAAUGUACUUCUGUGCUUGAGCUUGAUCGGAAGCAUACUGGUGCAUUGAUGCUACGUGCUCAGACAUUGGUGACCAUGAAAGAGUAUCAUUCAGCUCUGUUUGAUGUCAGUAGGCUGAUAGAGUUGAAUCCUUCUUCUGAUGCUUACCGUGAUCUGGAAGCCCGGCUUAAGACACAACUGUCUCUACCCCCGAUACCUGAAUCAGACGAAGAAGAGUCUGAAGAGGAGAAAGAAGAGCUGACAAGAUCUGAAUCAACGGCAGCACCAGUUACUUCUGACUUGGCGGCACCAGAUACUAAGGAAGUGGAUCACUUGGCUGCAGCACCAGAUACUAAGGAAGUGGAUCACUUGGCUGCAGCACCAGAUACUAAGGAAGUGGAUCACUUCGCUGCAGCACCAGAUACUAAGGCGGUGGAUCACUUGGCUGCAGCACCAGUUAUUAAAGCAGUGGAUCAUAAAACAGAAUCUACCAGCUCCAAGGAGCAGCUGAAAGACUCAGAAAUGCCAAUCCCCACAUCCCAUCCCACAGGCUGGGAAGCCAUCCCAAAACCAAAAGGGCACUCAGGUCUGGACUACUCUCGGUGGGACCAAGUAGAAGAUGGUUCAAGUGAUGAGGAUGAUGAUGAAGAUUCUCAACCGCAGUACAGAUUCCGUGUCAGAACUGUUGGAGUAAGACCUGUCAGGUGAUGAUAAACAUAUUGUCGCAGAUUGUGGGUGGAACUUGGAAGCUGUCCAAACAUUUGAUGGAUGGGGCCAAGGAAGAGAAAUUGGCAGAAUUAUCAUGUCCAAAAUCAUGGCGGACGAGUCUGUCGGGUCCACCAGCACUUUUCUCUGUGAUUCUUGUUCUCCCAAUUCCUGUUCUGAAGCUGUGGAUGUUGACAACCCUGUAACUUCUGUAGAUUGGCUUAAUCUUGAGUAUGGAUAAAUGGUUGGGUUGUGAGGAAGAAGAAAUGGCCAGCCCUCUCCAAGACGGGAAGUGUAUAUUUGAUAUCAGUACCUGUAAAAUGAUUGUCAAUCGGCUAGCGUUAUUAUUGAUGAUAAUUAAUAAAAAUUUGGAUAUCUAUUGAUCUUUA